GGUCCUUUGGCCUAUAUACCGAGUCUUCCGCUGCAGUUUUUCUUUCCCAACUACCACACUACUACUUCACCUCUUAGUCUGUUUUGAAAACUAUCAUCACAAUGGCGGCCCAUCGUGUCCUCCUACUUGGUGGCAAUGGAAAGGUAGCUCGCUUGCUAACGCCGAUGCUCCUUCAACGAUCAUGGGAGGUUGCGAGUAUCAUUAGAAGUCCAGACCAAGUUGCGGAGUUACAGCAGAUUGGAGCGCAGACGAAUCAUAAGGGCAAGCUAGAUGUUCUUGUCCGCAGCAUCGAAGACGUUAAGAGCGAGGCACAGGCCAAGACCUUGAUCGAUGAAGUGAAACCUGACUAUGUCGUCUGGAGUGCUGGUGCUGCAGGGAAAGGAGCACCGGAGAGGACUGAGGCAAUUGACCGCGAUGCUGCAUGUCAUUUCAUUCGCGCAUCCGUGGCAACCCCGUCGAUCACUAAAUUUAUAUUGAUAUCUUUCAACAGUUGUCGCUAUGAGAAGAUGCCCUGGGUGACGGAGGAGCAUUGGCAAGAGUAUCUCAAGACAACUCGAAAUCCAUUGAAUAGAUACUACGAGGCCAAGAUCGUCGCGGACAAAGUGCUGUGGGAGGAGGGAAAGAAAAGAAAAGAUUUCGCAGCAGUUUCCCUCCGUCCGGGCAUAUUGACAAUGGAGCCCGUUGGCGGCGUUGCCCUAGGGAAGUAUCCGCGAGUGGCAGGAACAACAAGUCGUCCAUCCGUUGCGUACGUCACAGCUUUGUUACUUGAUUCUCCUAACCUCAAGACUUCUUGGUUGGAUAUACUAGAUGGCGAUGAAGAUCCGGAUGCAGCCGUAAAGAGAUGUGUUGAGCAAGGAGAGGAUUGUGCUGAAGGGGAACCCUUCUAUAAACCUUAGGUUGAGUAUGGCGUACCAUCCACCUAAGGCAAAUUUUGAGGCAAAAGGGGAAUUAUGUAUUUCACUCGUUUGGUACAUAGGUCAAGUAACGCAAAAAUAUGAAGCUUUGGUCUUUUGGGUUGAUGCUA